AUGGCCACCGCAACCGUGAGCGUGCCCGCCCUGCACCUGCCCUCCAUCGCCACCACCACCUCCAGCUCGCAAGUCCCGCAAUGCGGUGGCGGUGUACUAAAAGAUGGAUGGAUGGAAAAGAAGGGAGCCCGUGUCAAGAAGUGGCGACGGCGGUACUUCCUCCUGUUCUCCGACCCGCGCGAACUGCGGUACUUUGACGGCGAGAAACUCAAGGGCACGAUUGACAUGGAGCAGGUCAAGGCCAUCUCCAAGGCCAAGCAAUGGUCCAAGUCGCUCGACCACUGCUACUCGUUUGAGCUGCACACGCCGAAGCGGGUCUACUACAUCAGCUGCGACAGCGAGGAGGAGAUGCUGUCGUGGAUGAGCGAGAUCCGACAGAUCCUGACGACCACCACGAGCGCGAGUCGCGACAACCAUCAUCACCAUCACAAUCAUGUCAUCACCGCGGUGGGCGAGGCGUGGGACACGACCGAGGUGCGCACGGCGCGGGCGGGAAGCGUGAGCGGGUCCGAGAGCGGCGGCGAGUCGGACGAGCCGGCGGGCCAGGGUGGCGGCAGGCCCAGGCCCGGGUGCGAUGGCGGCGGCGUGCGGAUCUAUCUGGCGCCGCGCGACGAGGACGAGGACGAGGAGGCCAGCGAGAGCGAGGGCAUGGACGAGUCCGAGAUCUUGCCCGAGAGCGGCGAGCUCCCGAGCGCGUCGGCGUCGGCGGGUGGUCACGCCGCUGGCUUCCGGAAGCCGCGCACAUUCCCCAAAGAGGGCGGUGGUGGAGGCUGGAACCAACCUGGGAGGCGAGACGCACUCACGGAUCACGAUCGGCUGCCGGCGGUGAAGGCGAUCAUCCUGGAUUCGCUGAUCAUGUGCCAGAUGAAGCUGAUGGAGGACCGCAAGCAUUUCCGCGAGAACGCCGGCGCCAUGAGCAAGGAGGAGCUGAUCGCCCUCGUCAAGCAGUUGAAGAGCCUCAACGAGGGGCUGGGGCUGGGCUCCUCCUUGUCCGGCAGCCGAACAGCACGACCCUAA